AUGUUCUCUCUUCGUUCAAGCCUUUCCGGAAUCUUCUGUCUACUAUGGAUUAUGUCUACACUUGUUCAAGCCACGGUUAUUCGAAUGACACACAAUUUUAAUGAUCCUAUGAUACCUAAAGAAUACAAGAUCGAGUUUAAUAAAAACGAGUCUAUCGCCGUUGGAAAUUAUAUGGUCCAGUCCCUGCACGAUGAAUUCACGUAUGCCAUACUUAACCUUGAAAAUGUCUCUGCUGAUGAGAACUUUCACGGAAGCAUUUUGGAAGUUAGAAAUUUGACAGCGGAAUCUUGCCAAGCUCUCGUUGAAUCUGUGGAAAAGCAAUCUUACGUGAAGGCCGUAUAUCCAGAAAUUACCCCGGAAAAAGACUAA